AUGGGUGCACAAAAAUCACUGACAGUGUGUCUGCUGUUUUGCAGCACGUGUUACAGUCUUAGCAGAUUCUGUUCCAAGCUGAAACAUCUGGAUCUGACAUCUUGUGUAGCCAUCACAAACAGCUCUUUGAAAGGCUUAAGUGAGGGUUGCAGAAAUCUGGAACAUUUGAAUCUUUCCUGGUGUGAUCAGAUUACGAAGGAUGGUAUUGAAGCACUGGUGAAAGGGUGUAGUGGACUAAAAGCUCUAUUUCUUAGAGGUUGCACACAGUUAGAAGAUGAAGCGUUGAAACACAUUCAAAAUCACUGUCAUGAACUUGUAAUCCUGAAUUUGCAAUCCUGUACACAAAUUUCAGAUGAAGGCAUUGUAAAAAUCUGUAGAGGAUGUCAUAGACUUCAGUCGCUCUGUGUUUCAGGCUGUAGCAACCUUACCGAUGCUUCUCUCACAGCACUGGGUCUAAACUGUCCAAGGCUGAAGAUUUUGGAAGCUGCAAGAUGUUCACAUCUUACAGAUGCUGGUUUUACCCUUUUAGCACGGAAUUGCCAUGAGCUGGAGAAGAUGGACUUGGAAGAAUGUGUCUUGAUAACUGACAGCACAUUGAUACAACUUUCCAUACACUGUCCUAAGCUACAAGCAUUGAGCUUAUCUCACUGUGAAUUAAUCACUGAUGAUGGGAUCCUUCAUCUGAGCAACAGUACGUGUGGUCACGAGAGGCUGCAGGUGUUGGAGCUUGAUAACUGUCUUCUCAUCACUGAUGUGACUCUGGAACACCUGGAGAACUGCCACAACUUGGAGAGAAUUGAGCUGUAUGACUGUCAGCAAGUCACGCGAGCUGGAAUCAAACGAAUCAGAGCUCAUCUACCUCACGUGAAGGUCCAUGCUUACUUUGCUCCAGUAACACCCCCUCCUUCGGUGGGAGGGAGCGGACAGCGCCUCUGCAGAUGCUGUAUUAUUCUCUGACAGUAAGUGCAACCACACAGCAAAGUUUGGUUGUUGCUGAAGAAGAGGACAGCAAGGCAGGGGAAGGAGUCUGUUUCCUGACAGUCCUAACGGUGGUGUUUGAUCAUCCAGUUUUGUGACAAGAAAAGCAUUUUUUUCCAGGUAAAAAAACCUUAACGUAACGUGCAGCUGUGGAUUAAGUUGGUGGUGCUUUGGUUUGUGUUAGUAACUCCUUCCUUCUGUUGGCAUGAGAACUGAAGUACUGUGUAAAAUGUGGGGGUGAUUCAGCCUAGCAGCUACUUGGGGAAAGUUCACGAAACUUGGAAGUCAAAUUUGCAUUUGUAAGCAGGGUUCAGUGUGAAGUUCUAACCUAAGGUGGGGCUCAAAUCCUUCACACCAAGGAACUGAACCUGCUGUUCUGUAAUAUACACGACAGAUUCAAUACCAGGUUUAAGGACAAAUCAGCUUGAGCAGAUGUUGACCAAAAAAAUGCAAGGUAAUCAUGAGCUCUUACAGCAAAACGGC